ACCCUGCAAGCAACAUCAGUCUCCAUCCCUACUGUUCCUCUGGUGAGCCAGGUUAACUUGAAUUUGCAACAAGAUGCCUGAACUUCUGCAAAGCAUUGCCAAUAUCAUCAAUGUUUUCUACCAGUAUGCCACUGAAUAUGGGAACUGUGACAUGUUAAACAAAGAAGAGAUGAAAGAACUUCUAGAAACCGAGUUUCACCAAAUUCUGAAGAAUCCAGAUGAUCCAGACACCGUAGAUAUCAUCAUGCAAACUCUGGAUAGAGAUCAUAACCACAAAGUGGAUUUUACUGAGUAUCUUCUACUAAUACUCAAGCUAGCGAAGGCUUGCAAUAAAAUAAUUGGCAAAGAUUACUGCCAAGCUUCAGGGUCAAAGCAGAAAGAUCACACUCACCAGAACCAAGAGGAACAGAGUAAAAAAGAAACAGAAAUCAAAGAACAAAAAACCUCUUCAAGUUAUUCAAGUUCAAGUGCAGGAGAGAAUGACUCUUAUUCCAAGGGUUCAAGAGGAAGCAAUAAACACAAAACAAGAAAACCAAGAAACGGGAAGGAGCAAAGUUCUGAAGAAAGAACAAAAUCAAAUUCAAGUCACUUCCAAAAUAGUGAGGAGUGUGAAGGAGGACAGGAGAGACCAAGAUGUUCACGCUCAUCUAGCAACGGGAGAAAUACUUCCAGGAAAGCUUCGGGCUUUCCUCAACCAGUUUCAGAAUCAGAACAAUAUUCUAGCUCCAGUAAACAAAAAUCUGUCGAAUGUAAGCAUUCUGAUAAUGGAAAAAAAGGUUCAUCAUCAGGAGGAUCAUCAGUCUCUGGUUCACGUCAAUCCAUAACAAGUGAUCAACAAGGAAAAGGAUCAAGUAAGUCAUCAAGCAACAGCAGAAGUAGGUCUCCCUCAAAACCAUCAUCUGGCUCCCAAGAGUAUAAGUCAGGAUCACGUCACUCAUCUAUCAACAGGCGAGGCAGGUCUUCCUCAAGGGAGUCUUUUACAUCUCAACACUAUGGAUCUGGCUCAGGGGAGUCUUCUGGCAUUAGUCAACGUGGAUCUGGGAUAGGUCAGUCUUCAAGAGGUGGACAACACGGUUCUAUCUCUGGACAGAAGGAAGGCAGUCGACAGCAUGGAUCUUGUUGUGGUCAGUCUUCUGGGAGUGGUCAAAAUGAAUACGGCUCAGGUCAGUCUUCAAGCUCUGGUCAGCAUCGCUCCCAUUAUGGUCAGUCUUCCAGCUAUGGCUCACAGAACUCAGGCUCAAGCCAUUCUUCCAGCCAGAGAGGACAGGGCUCUAUUUCUGGACACUCUUCUGGUAUGGGUCAAUAUGGAUCCACAUCAGGACAACAUUCUAGCUCCAGUAAACAGGGCUCUGGACAAGGCCAGGCCUCUGCCUCAGGACAAUAUGGUGCUUCAUCAGGACAUUCUUCAGGCCGUGGGUCAGGUCAGUCAAAUAGCUAUGGUGAACAGGGAUCAGGAUCACAUCACUCAUCUAUCAACAGGCGAGGCAGGUCUUCCUCAAGGGAGUCUUCUACAUCUCAACACUAUGGAUCUGGCUCAGGGGAGUCUUCUGGCAUUAGUCAACGUGGAUCUGGGAUAGGUCAGUCUUCAAGAGGUGGACAACACGGUUCUAUCUCUGGACAGUCAGCAGGUAGACAUCAGCAUCAAUCUGGUUCCAGGCAAGGAUCUAGCUCAGGACAGUUUCCCAGCUCUGGUCAGCAGGGCUCUCAUUAUGGUCAGUCUUCUGGUCAUGGCACACGUAACUCAGGGUCAAGCCAGUCCUCCAACCAGUGGAGUCAUGGCUCUGGUUCAGGACAGUCUUCUGGUUCGGGUCAAUAUGGUUCAACAUCAGGACAACAUUCUAGCUCCAGUAGACAGGGUUCUAGACAAGGCCGUGCCUCUUCCUCAGGACAAUAUGGNGCUUCAUCAGGACAGUCUUCAGGCUGUGGGUCAGGUCAGUCAAAUAGCUAUGGUGAACAGGGAUCAGGGUCCAUUCAGUCAUCUAUCCAGAGUAGAGGUAGGUCUUUCUCAAGGAGGUCAUCUGUCUCCCAACGGGAUGUCUCUUGCUCAAGAGGGUGUUCUGGCUUUAGUCAACAAGGAUCAUGGCAAAGGCAGUCUUCUCACAACAAAAUUGUUCAGGAUCUGGUCUGUGUCCUACUUCUCAACAAUAUGGGUCUGGUUCCUGUCAGUCAUUUAGCCCUGGAUCAUGUGGUUCUGGAUAUGAACCACAGUCAAAUAGGAGAUGUGGAAACCAGUGGAAUUCUGGCUGUAGCCCCUCAAAUUGUAAUGAAAAUCAAUCAAUAA